AUGGAGUACAAAGCCCAACCGCCUUCCCCUCUCGGCCGCCGAAUCCAACCCCGCCUCAUAAUCCACGGCGGUGCCGGCAACAUCACCCCCGCGACCCUAACCCCCAAGCGCUACGCCGAGUUCCGCACCGCCCUCCUGACCAUCAUCUCCCACGCCCACACCUUCAUGACCACCCCCACCCCCACUUCCACCCCCCCAAAACUCCCCUCCUCCCUCGCCGUCGCAACCCACGCCGUCACCCUCCUCGAAGACAACCCGCUCUUCAACGCCGGCCAUGGCGCCGUCUUCACGCGCGACGGCCUGCACGAGCUCGAGGCCUCGGUCAUGGUAUCACGGGGCCACGCCAAGCGCGGCGUGGGCGUGUCCGGCCUGCGGCGCGUACGCAACCCCGUGCGGCUGGCGCGCGAGGUGCUGGAGAGGGGGGAGCGGGAUUUGAAGGGAUUGGGGUUGGGGGAGGGGACGGGGUUGGAUGUGCCGAGUGCGCAGGGCCAUACGCAUUUGCAUGGCGCGGCGGCGGAGCAGUUGGCGGAGGGGUAUGGAUUGGUGAUGGUGGAGCAGGGGUAUUUUUGGACGAGGCGGCGGUGGGAGGAGCAUGUGAGGGGGUUGGAGAGGGAGAGGGAGCGGGGUGGGCUGGGGACGUGGUGUAAAGAGGAGUAUGUCCCUCAGGGGACGGUGGGCGCCGUGGCGGUGGAUGAGGAGGGUGUUGUCUGCGUUGCUACGAGCACGGGGGGGUUGACGAACAAGGUGACGGGGAGGAUUGGGGACACGCCUACCGUCGGGGCGGGGUUUUGGGCGGAGGAGUGGGUUGAAAGUGCUGGUGGUUCGGGUGCUGCAUGGGCGAGCUAUGGUCCGGCGGUGGUGUUGUCCGGAGCUUUGAAGGGGGUGAUGGCCGAGUGCUUCCCGACGCCAUGGAUGUACAACCCCCUGGCAUCUGCUGCGGGCGACCUGACGAGAACUCGCUCGGUUGCUGUCUCUGGGACUGGCAAUGGCGACUCGUUUCUUCGGACAGCAGCCGCCAGAACCGUGGGCUCAAUUGCACGCUUCGACGGGGAUACUUCCACAGCAGCGGUCACCAAAGUUACUGGGCCAGGCGGUGAGCUCCAAAACAGCGCUGGAGAUCGUUGGGGCAAGACCGGCGAAGGUGAGGGCGGCAUGAUCGGCAUCGAGUGUACCGUGGUAAAGGAUGGCGAGGGCCGCGUGGUCGUGGCCCGUUCCGAGCUGCUCCAGGAUUUUAACUGUGGGGGCAUGUUUCGGGCUUGGGUUGACGAGCGCGGGGUCGCAUUCGCUCGAGUAUUCAGGGACGACGAGGAGGUCCCUGAUGCGUACGUUGGCGAAGGCAAGCCGGAGAACCCACGCAUGUGGUCCGGGGAGAAACUAGGUUAG